CUGCCGCGCUUUACGUGAAAAUAUUAAUAUAAAUAAUUGUAAAUAUAAUUAUAUGGCUUUUUCUGUGAAACUGCAUGCUGGUUUUAUUCGGAACACAAAACAGAAAUCUCUCGACACGUGCAUUCCUCAAUAAGCGCCAGUGUAACCCGACUAAAGUAAAAGGCAACAUUUAUCACACGGGCACGUGUCGUCUGAACAAUAAGAUUUAAAUAAAUAAAAUCAGUAUGUUCUACAUAAUUGGGCUAGGCCUAGGGGACAUAAAGGACAUUACAGUGAAAGGCCUUGAAAUCGUAAAGCAGUGCAGCCGUGUGUAUCUAGAAAUGUAUACGUCAAUUCUGGGCAGUAGCCUUGAGGAGAUGCAAGAGUUUUAUGGAAGACCACUGCUACUCGCUGACCGUGACCUUGUGGAGCAAGGGGCCGAUGAGAUUCUAGCGGGCGCUGGUGACGAGGACGUAGCGCUGCUUGUUGUCGGUGACCCCUUUGGCGCCACCACGCAUACAGACUUUAUAUUGCGCGCAAAGGAGAAAAAUAUACCCUUCAAGGUCAUACACAAUGCGUCUAUAAUGAAUGCUAUCGGCUGCUGCGGCCUCCAAUUAUAUAAAUUCGGCGAAACUGUUUCAAUACCGUACUGGGAUGAGACCUGGAAGCCGGACAGUUUUUACGACAAGAUCAAAUUGAAUCGCUUGCACAAUAUGCAUACGCUUUGCCUGCUGGACAUUAAAGUAAAAGAGCCCACCCUCGAGUCAUUGAUGCGCAAACGCAAGGAGUAUAUGCCGCCACGUUUCAUGAGUGUAGCCGAAGCGGCCCAACAGCUAUUGGCCAUUGUCGAGAAAAAGGAUGCGCUGGAACGCAACACUGUUCUCAACGAGCAGUCACUGUGCGUCGGGCUCGCACGUGUGGGCCAAGACACUCAACAGAUUGUUGUUGGCACACUACAAGAUAUGCGUGGGACGGAUAUGGGUGGGCCACUGCAUUCACUAAUCAUUCCCGCCAAAGAGAUGCAUCCACUUGAGGUUGAGUUCUUGCAGCAAUACGCGACCAAUAUAAAACUGGACGACUACAAUCAUUAAAUCCCACCAACAACAAUGCGUUUAAAGCCAACCAAAUAGAAACGAAUUGAAUUUAAACAUAAAUUUUAAAAAUUAAUUAUUUAAAAUAUUUGCAUUGCAAAUUUUCAAAAAUUGAAAUUGAUUUUGGUUGGGCAUGAGCUGAGAUGACCUACUAGAGGAAUGGAGGACUGUAAGAUGAAAGUGAUAAUUAUAAAUGUGGUUUCCCCACUUCUCGUUUGAAGCGCAGAAUUCCGUCUAAUUAGUUCGCGAACAAAAAUAAAUGGCAUUUAAAAAA